AUGCCUUCUGCUAGCCCGACACUGUCAUUAUCCGAUCACGAUGAUGAGAGCCAGGAAGAUUCUGUACCUCUAAUCGUCAUGAACGAGGCACAUGAAGAGCUGCAAGAUACCAGUCCGCCGGCAGAUAUCUUCGAAGUACUUGUUCUGGCUAGUGGAUUUGGGACACUACAGCUUGUAUUUGCUCUCUUGGCCUCAUAUGGAUCUGCACAGCUACUGUCCGUUGGGAUGAGCCAAGCGGCAACGGGAUUGGCCUGGCUGGCCGGACCGCUUGCAGGGACGUUCUUUCAGCCUUUGAUCGGUAUAAUAAGUGACAAAUUUGGUCAUCAGAAAUUAAUCGUCGCUAUUGGCGUCAUUGGUCUCGUCGCAUCGCUUUUAGGUCUCGGCUGGGCGCCAGAUCUGAAAGAGCAAAGCAGUGAAAUAACCAAGGCUUUGGUGUUAUUAUUUAUCUGCACUCUGAACCUUGCCGUGCAACCAGUUCAGCUUGGUCUUCGGGUCCUAAUCAUAGAAGUCUGUCGUCCGGAACAGCAGAUCAUGGCGUCUGCUUGGGUUACGCGCAUGAUCGGGAUAGGAAAUAUUAUUGCGCAGCUUGCUGGAUCGGUUGACACGACGAAAUUACGACCGUUCACGACUGGGAGCCAUUUCAAGGAUUUAUGUCUGCUGACGUCGAUUGGGCUUAUUGUUACUGCAAUCGGUCUGGGCCUGUUUGUUAGGGCGGUGACAGAUCCCAAAUAUCCAUCCGAGGGACGGAAUAAUCGGCAAAGCAGGCUCGUAGGGCCGUGGAAGGCCAUAAGGACUGUUUUUCCGGGUGCAAUGAGCGUUUGGAAGGUUCAGGUAUUUUCUUGGAUGGGGUGGUUCCAAUUUCUCUACUAUGCCACUAUGUACAUCGAUUCUCUUGCUUUAAAUGAUCUCCUGCAGGAUGCAAAUAUAACAGACGAGGAAGGUCAACGGUCCAUCAGAACGGAGUCUUUACAAUUCGGGCCCAGAGCAAUGCUUCUAAACGCCUGCGUAUCGUUCGUUUCAAGCAUGCUACUUCCCUGGCUAUUCAAAUACAAUGAGCGGUCAAAAGGAAAGUACAGGAGUCACCUAACGCUAUCAAACAUCUGGGCGAUAUCCCAGGCACUGUUCGGAGCAGGCAUGAUAUGCACUUUAUGGGUAUCGUCAGUUAUCGGUGCAACAUUCAUUAUCAGCAUUCUUGGCCUCAGUUGGUGCUGCACCGCCUGGAUCCCCUUUACGUUGAUGAGUACGAAAAUCUUACAGGAAUCGAGGAACGCCUUACGUCCCCACAAUCCGGGUUUAAUAAUGAGUUUGCAUAAUGUCUCUAUUGCAGCACCGCAAAUCCUCGCUGCUUUGAUUGCAGGGUUGGUUUUUUGGGUUUCUCAGGAUGGGGAGAACCAGGCUAGAUAUGUACUUGCUGUAGGAGGGUUGUUCGGACUGGGUGCUGCGUGGAUGGCAAGGGGUUUAACUAUUGAAAAGGAGUUGCAUUAG